AUGCCAGUGAAGAUGUUUUUCAAAGAGCUGCUUCUGCUGCUGAUAGUGAUGAUACCUUUGCAACCUAAUGUCAAGGCAUGUGGCUUCGUAGUGUAUCAAAACAACAAGCUUUUCCAAUCAAAAACUUUUAUAACUAAAUCAGACUUUAGUCAAAAAAUUGUCUCAAGCAAAACAGAUGAAAACGUGGAAGAUCAGAGUGCUUCUGUUGAAAUGGUCUUUAAUCCAAGGUACAACCGAACAGAAUUCCAGCUUCAUUCCUAUGCCUGUGUCUACUGGAAUUUUUCCAUGAAGGAUUGGGACACACGUGGCUGUCACAAACGGGGGGCCACUAAUGGACUUCUACAAUGCUACUGCAACCAUACUACUAACUUUGCAGUGUUAAUGAGUUUCAAAAAGGAAUAUAAAUAUCCUGAAUCACUAGAUGUAUUUUCCACGUUUGGAUGUGCACUGUCCAUUGCUGGUCUGGCUCUCACAAUUAUAUUUCAGAUCGGCACCAGGAAAGUCAGAAAAACCUCAGUCACCUGGGUGUUGGUUAGUCUGUGUGCAUCAAUGCUGAUCUUCAACCUCUUCUUCGUGUUUGGAAUUGAAAACUCCAAUAAGAACAUAAAGACAAGUACUAGUGACAUCAGUGGUACUAACUUGAGUAACAAUGAAAUGCUCAGACAAGACACUGUUGUCGUCUCGAAUCCCAAAUGCACCGCAGUUGCUGUCUUGCUGCACUAUUUUGGCUUAGCGACCUUUGUCUGGAUGGGACUCAGUGCAGCCCAGCUCUGCUUCCUGCUGAUCAGGACCAUGAAGCCGCUUCCUCAGCAUUUCAUCCUCUUUAACUCUUUAAUUGGAUGGGGAGUUCCGGCUAUAGUGGUAGCUGUGACAGUGGGAAUCAUUUGUUCUCAGAAUGGAAAUAAUUCACAGUGGGAGUUAGACUACCGGCAAGAGGAAAUCUGCUGGCUGGCAACUCAAGGAAGCAGUGGUUUGAUAGCAAGUCCAUUGUUGUGGUCAUUCAUUGUACCUGUGACCCUUAUCCUCAUCAGCAACAUUGUUAUGUUUAUUAUCAUUGUAAUCAAAGUACUGUGGAAGAAUAAUCAGAAUCUGACAAGCACAAAGAAGAUUUCAUCCCUAAAGAAGAUUCUUAGCACAUUAUCCGUUGCAGUUGUCUUUGGAAUUACCUGGAUUCUGGCAUACUUAAUGCUAACUGAUAAUGAUGACAUCAGGGUCAUCUUCAGCUACAUAUUCUGCCUUUUCAACACAACUCAGGGAUUGCAAAUUUUCAUCCUCUACACUGUGAGAACAAAAAUCUUCCAGAGCAAAGCGUCCGAAGUGUUGAAGUCAUUUUCGUCCACUGCUGGGAGAGUGAAGGUGCUGCCGUCAGUGCCGCUGAGGCUGCGUGUGAGGAUGUACAGUUUGAUGAGGUCAUUACCAGCCCUGCAUGAGCGUUUCCGGCUGCUGGAGCCGUCUACACUUAGCGAGGAGGUGUCCGAGAGUGACCAAGUGAACCCGAGCAUCUAGACA